ACCCGGAAACAGAAUCACAGUUUGAUUGACAGCUGCAGAAAACACGGCGCAUCUUCACAGGAGCGCGUGAAAGAUUCAUUUAAUGAUGAUAUAUUUAAUGAGCACUUCAUCAUUGAAAUUGUGAGGGAUGUCUUUGGCUCAGCGCGUGCUGCUCACCUGGAUCUUCAGCCUCAUCUUCCUCAUUCUGCUCGUGCUGAAGUUGGACGGGAAGGUGAAAUGGAGCUGGUUCUGGAUUUUUCUGCCCGUCUGGAUCUUUGACAGCGUGCUGUUGUUGAUGUUGGGUGUGAAGGUGGCCGGGCGCUGUCGGGCGGGGUUUGACCCGCGGCUGAAGGUGUGGUACCUGCUCGCGCUGAUGAUGAAGGUGGGCUUCUGUCUCACACUGUGCGCGCGCCUGGAGCAGCUCACUCACCUGCGGCUCAUCUUCACCUGUGUGCCGCUGUGGACGCUGCUGAUCGGCGCGAUCAUCCAACUGGGAUACAAUAUCCUGCCCCCGCGGACAGACUGAGCUCGUGUACAAACACUGACUCCAGAACGGUUCGGAUGCUUUUGGACUAAUUGUACAGUGGAAGUGAAGCGUGUAUCGGACUGUUCCAUGUUGAGGUUUCUGUCAAUUAUCGAACAUAUGUGCUUGUAUUUGAACGCAGUCAUUUGGUGACAAUAGACUGUUUCCUGUAGUUCAUUUUGGUAAAUGUAAUCCUUUGGGUAAAAGAGUGUCAAAUGUAAUUGUGCUCAAUUCAAUGUCGGUUCAUUAAAGUGUUCAAAAGAAUUAUUUCACAUUGAA